CAAAACUUUGAAAGCUGAUUCGACGAUAGAAAUCACUGGAAGAUGCUACCCUGUAUCUGUGUAUAUUUCGAACCACCAAAAACAGUAAUAAGCUUAACUGCCGCCAUAAACCUCUCCCAAUCCUCCAAAAGCCCUAGCGGCCUGCACACAAUAAUUCAAAAUUUUCUUUUGCUUAUAAGAGCAGAGAAUCCCAGAAAAUCCGUCUAAUAAAGAUCGAAUUUUUCUUUGUCCUAAAUAAAAUGGAUCAAAGGGAAAGCAGCUCACUGGUACCUGAACCAGUCUUGGACUCUGCCAAGACUACCUUGGCUGACCUCGAACAAGUAGAGAUCCACUUGCUUCAGUUCCUCUCUCAAUAUGACCCGGAGGACCUCGCCGAGAUGCCCCCUCUUCAACGAGCUCACUCUCUUUUUUUGCUCGCCAAGGCCACUACUAUUCUUUUCGCAUUGAGAUUGAGAUGUAGUGGAAUUGACCCAGAUGAGCAUCCAGUGAAGACAGAGCUUGAGAGGUUGAAUUUGUACCAAGAGAAGCUUGAACAGUCCAUAGAUUUGAGUAAAGCACCGUUGCGACCUUCCACCACCUUAAAUUACCAGGCUGCAACCCGUUUCAUUGAACAUUCUUUGCCUGACCUUACCCCUGAACAGAAGAAAAGUAUGAGAGAUAUCAGUAAAGGAGAAGGAACCAGGAUAAAGUAUUUGGAGAGAAAAAUACAAAAGAAGAGGAAAUAUCAAUCAUGUGAAAAACAUUCAGUCCAAACUGCUACUUCAGAAUUUCUUGAAAAAGCAGCACGUGAGCUUCUUGGUGAUAAUACAAGUGGUCUCAAGGGACCUAUACAAAUCGACGCUCUAGAUGAUGAUGAUCUGCAUGUGGGCUGAUAUGCUCAUUUCUCUUGGACUGCAGAUAUUGUAUCUGAUUGUGUCUGGCAUCUGCUUGAGUGGUUUUAAGGCCUAGUUGUGACUUGUUUCUGCGGUAAGAAGGCUUCAUAUGCUGCCAAUUAUCAGCCAUGGUAUUUCUUGGUGUUCAACAGCGUGGACAAAGAAUGAAAGCUAUGUAAUUGUUUUGUCUACUACCAUUUCGUGAAACUAUGCUUAAAUUGAAGUUAACAGAAUCUUUCUUUUUAAUAAGAUUGUAAGAUCAGAAUCUAUUAGCAGUCUGUUCAAAUAAAAGGUUAGCCAUUCAACUUUA